AGAUGUGAAAGUUUGACAUCGCAAAAGAUGUAUGGUUUAAUAAUUGGUUGGUAUUGAAACAGAUGGCUUAAUAUGUACAUUUAUUUCGUUGUUUGAUCAGUUUAGAUGAAGGAUCAAAUUAAGAGAUGAGGUUUUGUGGCGGAAUCAUGAAAAGAUGAACCAUUGGAAGGAAUCCUAACAACCUAAUUAGAAGAAAAGUUAUGGAGGACAGAACGUUUAUCACAUAUCCAAGCGCCCAAGGAAAAAAAUUGGUGACUGGGAUUAUUUUCAAAGAUAAAAUCAUGCAAAACUUUAUCAUAGAGUGUUUGAUUUAGAAAAAUAAGCUUGUAAAUGCGUAUUGAAAUAAGAGGAUAAAUUGGAUAUUGGAGAAAUUAAAACUCGAGUAGCGAGACAGCGAAUUGCAGGAAAUGCUCACAAGAGAAGGAAAACACUUGAAGUUAAUUGAAACGGGUUAUAAGAGCGUGAUGGAAUAUUGGCUGAUAUGUUCCGCCUCUGUUCAGUUGCAUUUUCUCUCACAGUGAAAACAGAUUUGUGUUGAAAAUUUGAAAUUAUGUUGUAAAAAAACUACUUCAUGAAUGAUAAUAUAAGACUUUAAUAAUCUGAAGUUAAAUGUUUACAAUUAUUAUUCUUUGCAUGAAGAUCCUGAAACUCGUUGAAUAUUGGGUAAAUGAAUUGGUUAUUGAAAUCUCGUCUGGCAUAUGAUUGAAUCUGGAUUAUAUUAAUGGACGGAACCAUGCCUGGGAUAUGUAUUAGUUAAAUUGUUAUUUUUUUUAACUCUUUAAUUCAAUGUCAGCCUGAAGAAAGUGUUAAAUCUGAAGUGCUGAAAGUUUAUAUGGUAUGAUAUAAGAAUUUAACAAACAAUGUCUGGAUUAUCUGGAAUCGGAGUAUUUUGGGCGUUUUCGUCCUUUGUUUCUUCUGUAAUAUUGUGUGUCGGGUUCUUUAUGCCUCAUUGGAUAACAGGACAAAUGUUUAUUCAACACAUUGGAAAAUCUGGACAAACUGUUCCAGUACAGUUUGGUAUAUUCCGUCGGUGUAACUAUCCGGCGAUAAAUGCCCACGGUGAACUUACGGUGGUACUCGAAUGUGGCCGGUAUACGACAUUUACGGACAUUCCUAGCACAUCAUGGCAGAUAGCCACUCUUGUGAUUGGGAUGGCAUGUGGGAUUUGUAUGCUUGUCUCAUUGACGGCUUUGUUUGGUAUAUGCGUGAAGGGCGUGGUAAUCCCGACUGUGGCGCGAUCGGCGGGAAUUCUUCAAAUGUGUUCAGGUUUAUUAAUGGCUACUGGUGUGGGCAUAUAUCCAAAUGGUUGGGAUAGCCCCGAGGUGCAGCAAGCCUGUGGAAAUGCUUCCAAAUCUUAUCACCUAGGUGACUGUUCAUUAUCUUGGUGUUUCUACAUGACCUCUGUAGGAAUAGGGGUUACCCUAAUGUGCUCAGCUCUUGCUUUCCAUGCGCCUAAACGGAAACAGGUCGUAACAGGAUAUGCUCUGUAGCUUACAAGUAUCAAAUGGACGCUAAACUCUGCGCCGAGUCUUCACUGAUCUCAGUUUAAAAUAUACAUGUAUAUCGAAUUAUACACGGAGACUAUUACCAUAUAAAAUGAUAUGUAAAUUUGACGUUUGUUAAUGCUAAUUUUAAUGUUAGUUCAAUGACGAAGUAAAAAUUUGCGUCGACUUGAAGACAGAGAGUGCAAUAUGUUCUGAAAGAGGAAAAUGCGCCUGUGAUUGACAUGAUAGGUUAUGGGCUUCAAAAGCCUGACAAGAAACUUGAAACUUAGUGAAUUAUUGUCUGUGAUGUUUUACAAAUGUACUUAUACUCAUUUUAUUGUAACAGAACAUAGUCACCGACUUAAACAUCUAACAGUUAAGUAGCUUAGUAUGUCAAAUCUGUUAUGUAAUGCUCGCUUGAACUAUUUUGGAAUUGCUCUCCACGAUUUCAUGUAUUCCACGAUACAUUUGUGUUAUCUAUAUCUUUAAACCAAUUUCAGUAAUCAUCUCAUUGUUAAAUUGUUUGUAGAUAUUAAUAGAAUGACAAUAUAGGGCAAGUCUUAUGAAUGAAAUAAUUUGUAAAGACAAGACUAUAAGUUUGUUCCACAGGCACCAGUAUCGGACCUGGGACAAAAAUAUGUUUGUUUUCAUCCUAAAUGAGUUAAAAAUGAAAAAUAUGUAGUGAAAUAUGAGCCCCCAUCAAAAUAUACAUAUGUCUACUGAAGGCCAGAAUCUCGA